GAUACACUUGUAUGACGCUAUAUAGAUCCGGAGAUCAAUAAUUCGUUUCGAGACAAUAAACGGAAAAUACCUUCACUGAACUGACAACAGAACGUUAUUAGAGAUGGACAACGAUUUAACAACUACAAUAAUGGAGAACUAAGCCAGUCAUAGGAUGCAAAGACAGAUGGAAGACAACUCCUGACAACUCGAAUAUUAAAGGAAGUAUACUGCCUGGAUUCUAACGAAAGAUUAAAGUUCAAUAAUAAAAAGAAAAGGAAUACAGAGCAUGGGACUAUAAAAUCAUUUCCACUCAAUGACGCUACAUGUACAUAGAUGAACCCGAGAAUUGCAUUUUGAUAAAGAAACCUGGAAAAAGUAAUUUAAAUCAAGAAAAGUAGAAAAUAGACCGAUGUUAGAUAUAAUAUCUGGAUUAUAAAAUCAAUCAUAACAAUUGAACUAGUUUAUUGAUUAUAUUGGUUAUAUUGACUGAACUAGUUUGAUUCCAUCAACAUGAGUGACAUCUGGGAGAACGAUGAACUCAUAGAAAAGAUGAGGACCCUCAAGCCAGAAAUGCAGGAGGCUUUUCUACAUGCAGUGGAGCAGCUAUAUGCCAAAGAGAGUGUGGUGAUGCUCGGCUUCAUACAUGAGAGCAGGAAUGAACUAAAAAUGACUGGCAAUGAGAUAAGAGCCGAACAAGAAAAACUGCGUGGUACUUCUGCAGCGAUAGCCCGUGAACGACUCUCCAGCGGUAAAUCAUCAGGCUCAGAGACGAGUCGCCCAAUGAGUAGUCGUGGUAAGUCCCCAGCCCCACGUCCAGACUCCCGCCUGGAGCUACCACCUAAACAAGGCAAAGAACCUAAACGUCCAUAUCCUGGAAGAAUGACUCCCCAUGAGCGUCACUCAGCUCGACAUUCUCGCAAUGCUGAAAAUGAACACAAGGUGGCGGCCACAUUCCAUGUCCAAUCAGAAGAAUCACCAAAAACAAGAAGUCCUAGAAGACCUAGGAGUCGAACUGAACCACCUGUUAAACUGGUUGGCAAGUUGAAACCUUUAAAAUCAAAAAAUAAAAAUGACAAUGAAGUAGUAGAACCAGAACGAACAAUAACACCAGUUCUACCUAAACCAGAGCAUGCAAUACACGAGCCAGUUAUACAAGCUAAGCCAGGUCACGCCCGGGCAAGUACUGAACCAGGAAGUAAACCAAAUCGUACCUCUAACUCCACCCACACUGCUGUAUUUAAUGCAGGAAGUGCAAAUGCAAAUCCAACUUCACGUGGAGACAAUCGGCAACUCAGUCGUAGCCAUAAUGAAAUGACAUUCCAUAAUCCAGAAUAUCUUCGUGCCGACACGCUGUCACCAUAUAAUGGUAUGCCCCAGAGGGACGGGACCAAUCUAAGUAUGAGGGCAGUGGAACUAGAGAUGGCUAUACCAGGGACACCUAUACCUGGAGGUGAACGCAAAGCACCUGCCGAUGUCAAUAAAUAUUAUGAAGAGGAGAGGGACAAAAUGAUGAGCAGCCUGGACAACCACAAUGUGCAGUUUGAGAAUGAGAGGCAAAGGCAGGCAGAGAUCAUAAAACAGAAGAGGGCCAAGAAACAGGAAAAGAGGGAUAAGGCCUAUGAACUUCUUCAUCAAGCUGCACAGAGAGAAAAUACUAUUGUCCAAGAGCAGGAAAGGCAGCGUGAGCAAAUGAAAGAAAAAAUAGCCCAGAAGCGAGAAAAAUCAGCGACAAGAAAUCGUGCAGAAGUUGAGCUUCAUCAGGCCCCAGAUGACAUGGUUCUAUCAAGAAAUACUGAACAACCAUCAGAGCCACCUAUCAGUAAGAAAGAAAAGAAGAAAAAGAAACAACUUGAGGAAAAAUACCAAAUUAUAGAAAUUGAUAACAAUAACAUCGAAGAAGAUGCUGAGAAAAAGGUGAAGAAAAAGAAGAAGAAGGACAAGAAAGGAGAGCAGGAAAAUGGUGAGGUUAUUGAGACUGUUAUUGAUGAAGAGAAGAAAAAGAAGAAGAAACGGAAAGAAAAGGAGGCAGCCACUGAACUUGUCUCUAUUGCUUAGCUAAUAAAAGACAAUAUUGAGAUCAAUACACUGCCAAUCUCAAACAGCACCAUAGAGCAUUGUUUAUGAAACAGUACUGGACAGCAUUGUAAAAACAGUACUGUACAUCGCUGUUUUCUGAAACAGUGCUGUACAGCGCAGUGCUUAAACAGCUCUGUUCAGUACUGUUUACAGCGCUGCAAGAUGAUGUUGCAGAUUGGGG